CCAGAAGAAGACAGCCUGUACUUCGGCCCCGGUCAUAGUUGUUAGACUUUGGCGCAUUAAAUAAAUCCCAUUAUCGGCCAUGUUUUAAUCAUUCCGGCGCCCUGACAGAGAAGUACAGGUCCCUCCACCCCGCCCUCACCGCCCCCAAACCUUAAACCUCACAAGGCCAGACCUGUGUCCUGACUGAUGUCCUCCUCCCUGACGGAGCGGAUACGCACACCGUCCUCAACUGUAAGCCAGCUACCCGAGUAAAUAACAAAACAAUUAUUUUAGAUCGUAUAAAGGGCUGAUACUAUUCAAACUGAAGCAGAUGGCGCAGUGGAUUAUACUUCUGUUUUCUCUGUACGGAGCAUUGAAUGGACACGAGAGCCACCUUGCUCCAUUAGAAGAGUGCUGUGAGGCUGGGAAGGCAAUGGCUCUGAGAGGACAAAACUGCACAGUUUCCCUGCAGUUCACCUCUCUCAUUUGCAGCAUCGCGGAGGAGCAGUGCUGCCGAUCAGUAGCAGGACACAAAGCCUGUAACGAUGGCAUCAAAAUUGCACGAGAUCAGGGAGCCUGUGAUAGACUCUUCUUUUCAGGCUCUAGCUGGGAAACCCACACCUCACAGAUGUGUUGUGAUUGCUGUGCAUUCGGUCUGAUGGCAGCACAAAUGGGUUUGAGCUGCGAGAUUUCUGGUCUGCAGCUUGGGAAGCAGUGUACCAACACAGCUAAAACCUGCUGUGAGGAACCUCAGGAAGUUAAACCAACUGAAGAAGGAACACAGGAGUCUGAUAUAGUUACUUUCAUGCCUCCAAAAGGAACAAAAACCUGCAGAGACUCCACUUGCACCCAGUUAUGUGUGGGAAAUGGUGUAUGUGCCUGCCAUGAGGGUUUUCAGCUCAAAACAGAUGGAGUGACUUGUGAGGAUGUUGAUGAGUGUCUUACUGGCAGUCACAACUGCGCCCCUGGGCAUGUUUGCCUCAAUACAGAGGGCUCGUUCCGCUGUCAGUCCAGCUGUGGUACUGGAUUCUUACUCACAGACGAUAAUAUUUGCAAAGACAUUGAUGAGUGUGCUUUGGGGUCGCAUCACUGUGAAGGAGACUUAGUUUGCAUGAACACAGUGGGCUCAUUCCACUGCAACCAAAACGUUGGGUGUGGAGACGGUUACAUCCAGGGCACAUCUGGCAGCUGCGUUGAUAUUAAUGAAUGUGUGGCCCAUCCCAGUCCAUGCCAGCGCGGACAGACUUGCAUUAACACAGUGGGAUCUUACAGCUGUUACAGUAACACAGUCGCCUGUGAUCAAGGCUAUCAUCUAAAUGUGGGCGGCACACACUGUGAAGAUGUUAAUGAGUGCCUGAUUGACAGUCACAACUGUGCUCCUGGACAAGUUUGCAUAAAUACAGAGGGCUCCUUUUACUGUCAAAGAGAAACCAGCUGUGGCACCGGGUAUAAACUCUCAGAAAACAGCAGUUGUCAAGAUAUUGAUGAGUGUGUUUUGGGAACUCAUCACUGUGGAGAAGACUUUGUUUGCAUCAACACAGUGGGCUCAUACCGCUGCCACUCAAAGGAGGGCUGCGGAGAUGGAUAUAUUCAGGAUGCUGCUGGCAACUGUAUUGAUAUUAAUGAGUGUGUGGCCCAUCCCAGUCCAUGUGGACCAGGUCAGACUUGCAUAAACUCAGUUGGCUCCUACAACUGUCGCAUUAACACGGUCACCUGUGCACGAGGCUAUCAUCUAAACGCGGAUGGCUCGCAUUGUGAAGAUGUGAACGAGUGUCUUACUGGCAAUUUGUGUGGUAGCCAUGGCUGUGUCAACCUGGAGGGAUCGUACCGCUGCGAGUGCCGACCCGGCUUCAUGUUCAACCGCAUCAGCAAGCUGUGUGAAGAUGUUAAUGAGUGCAGACAUUAUCCCGGACGGCUCUGUGCUCACAAGUGUGAAAACACUGAAGGGUCCUACCACUGCAGUUGUGCUACAGGCUUCAAGCUGGCUCACGAUGGCAGAAAUUGUGAAGAUGUCGAUGAAUGUGAGCACAAUCCUUGUAGCCAGGAGUGUGCCAAUGUCUAUGGCUCCUUUCAGUGCUACUGUCACCGUGGUUACCAGCUGAGUGACAUUGAUGGGAAAACAUGUCAAGAUAUCGACGAGUGUGCUCUACCUAAUGUCUGCUCCUACCUUUGCCUCAAUACUUUGGGAGGUUUCAACUGUACCUGCCCCCCCAGUGGCUACACACUGGCCAACGACGGACGCACAUGUCAAGACAUUGAUGAAUGUGCAGCAGGAACUCACACAUGUUCUGCCUCUGAGAGCUGUUUCAACGUCCAGGGAGGAUUUCGCUGUCUGUUCAUCGAAUGUCCUCCAAACUUCAGGCGAGCAGCAGUAGGAUCCAGUGCAGAUGCUUCUGUCAUUGUUCGAUGCAUCAAAGCCUGCCAGGGACAUGACACUGCCUGUAAUCACAACCCCGUCCACCUCAUCACCUCGACCGUCCUCUCACUGCCAACCUUCAGGCACUUCAGGGACCCAGAGGAGAUCGUUUUCCUGCGGACAGCUGUCGCAGCUAAACCGGCAUCUCUCUCCGAUGAGCCUGACGUUUACUUCGAAAUCCUGGCUACAGAUGACCAGAACUCUUUUGACGUGGUGAAGCGCUCCCAUCAUGGCAUGAUUGUUGGAGUGAUCCGGCAACUGAAGCCUGUCAUCGGCCCCAGGGAGCUUGUGUUGGAGGUAACUAUGAACUAUGUCCAGUCUGGGACAAUUUCUCAGCAAAACAUUGUUAUCAUCCAUGUCUUCAUCUCGGAAUUCUGGUUCUGAAAGGACAGUAAAAACACCUCAAAUGAUUCCCCACAUAAAGGGAUGAAUGUUAUUGGACAUGCUUCAUUUAACUGUAAGGGAGCCUCAAAGGUAAAUGGUGCGAGAUUUAAGUUCAUGUGUUGAUGAUCCACAUGCACUUAAUUCAGUCCCAGAUACAGCUGGACGUUUAUCCAGGUCAUCAGUUUACAACAAGUCCUUCUCAUUUCCAUGUGUCAUUUAUUUACCGAUAAAGUAAGAAUUCACUAUCAAAAGAUACAGGAAUCAGUUUUCAGCCUCUGUGAUGGUGAAAACUU